UUACAAUGGACUCAGUGACUACCGGAUAAAUAAAAUUAAGACAAAGAAUACAAUGAAAAUACUAGUCGGACCAGAUCUAUAAUGAGUUGCAACUUGCAAGUGAAGAAUAUUCAAAAGAUUGGAGCAAUCAGUUAACUAACUUCUGAAACCAUCAAUAAUACAGCUACCACGAAAAAAAUCUUACACUUAUUACUUAACAUUUUCUUACUUCAUAAAUUUCAAUUCAGCAAACCACUCAUUUUACAAACACAUUGCUACUGCUAGUCUGCUACGCCUUAAUUUUCCUAUACAUCUCUUCUCUUUGAGCUUCCAUCAUAAAAACCCGAAUCCAUAUUCACUGUUUCUGUCCUUAAAAAUCACCAAAGAAAAGAGAGUGAGUAGUGAAAUGGCUGAAGCCAUACUCUGUGAAGUUGCUAAAACUAUUAUAGAGAAACUGGGUUCUGGAGCAUACAAAAAACUCGUUUAUGCGAAAGAUCUGGAUUCCCACAUUACAAGCCUUCAAGAGCUUAAGACCACCAUCGAAGCUACACUUGUUGACGCAGAAACUUUGGAGACUUGCAGCAAUUCUCAACAAGACGUGCUCAACAAGCUCAGGACUGCACUGGCUGAGUUAGAUGAUUUCUUGGAUGAACAGGCAGAUAAAGUCGAGUUGAAACAAGUUAUGCGAGGAAACAAAUUAAUCAAACCGGUGCGCUUGUUCUUUUCUGAAUCAAACCAGCUUGUUUCCCCCUUGCGAGAUGCUACAAAACUCAAGACUAUCUUGAAGAAGUUUGACUGCAUUGCAAGGAACCAUGCCCAGUUUGGUAGCAUAGUUAGCAGUCCAUCUUUGAACCAGAGUCGAGGAAGGGGCCUUCAAAUGGCUACCUCUUCAAUCCUCCACAAUUUGGUUGUGGGGAGGGAAGGAGACAGGAACAACAUUGUAAGCAUGUUGUCUGAGGACUCCAUGACUACAGAGACUGUAUCUGUUGACUCCAUUUUUGGGAUCGACGGAAUGGGAAAAACAACAUUGGCUCGGUAUGUGUUUAAUGAUCAGAGGGUGAAGGGUUGUUUUGAUGCACACUUCUGGGUUUCAGUAACUCCGGAUUUUAAUGUUGAGGCGGUGCUGCGAAAGAUCAUAGAUUGUGGUAUGGGGGAAUUGCCUCACAAUUGCGACGCGGUUCAGCUCUGUCAUCAUUUCAUUCAAGCAAUUGGAGGGAAGAAGUUUCUGCUAGUUUUGGAUAACAUCUGGGAUCAUGCCAGUCUAAGAGAGAAAUGGGUUAAUCUUAAAAGUCUGCUAGAGUGUGGGGCUAAAGGGAGUAAGGUUCUCCUUACUACCUGUAAUAAAAAGGUUGCUAAAAUUAUGGAUUCUGUCAACCCUUAUCAGCUUAGGGGUUUAACAGAAGAGGACUCUUGGCUUCUCUUUCAAAAGAUUGCUUUUACACAGUACCAGGAACCAGGUGUGGAGGCAAUUGGGAUGGAGAUUUCAAAAAUGUGUCCAAAUAUGCCCCUUGUUAUAAGAAGUGUAGGCGGCAUCUUAGCAAGCAAACAUACAAUUCAAGAAUGGCAGGCCUUCAGAGAUGAACAACAACAUGCAGAUUUUGCUUCUUAUGGGGAUGUAGUUGAGCAUACGCUUAAACUUAGCUACAACCACUUGGAUGAAAAUUUGAAGCGUUGCGUUACGUAUUGCACCUUAUUCAAAAAGGGAGGCUCAUUUCUUAUAGAACAAAUGAUCCAUCGUUGGAUUGCUUUGGGAUAUGUUAAACCACAAUUAGGGCAAAUCUUGGAGGAAGCAGGAGAACAAUAUAUGUUGAGUUUGCAAGAUUUUGGGUUUCUCCAAAUAAGUUCGACUGAUCCAUUCUGUACAAUGCAUGAUGUGAUGUAUGAGGUUGUUCUUUCGCAAGCUGGGGUCAAAUACAAGGUGGCAGAUUCAAACACAGAUAAGUUUGACCAAAAGGUUCGUCAUCUGUCUAUCUGUAAUGUGGCGACGAACUCAAAUUGGGAAGUUCCUUCUUCAAUAUUCAAAAUCAAACACCUAGAAUCUUUCAUCAGAGGUAAUUCUUAUUAUUCUUAUAUUUUUAAAGGUAGUAGGAUAAAGGCGAGUAAUUUGUCAAGUUGUUAUAAAUUAAUAUCAAAAUUUCAAAGUUUAAAGGUAUUGGACCUUAAUGGGGUGGGGAUAAAGGAAUUGCCAACAUCUGUAGGUGACUUGUUCUGUUUGCGGUUUCUAAAUUUGACUGGAACUGAUAUAGUGAAACUCCCAAAUUCAAUCACGAAGUUAGUGGCUUUACAAUCACUCUACUUGCGAGAUUGUCCCAACCUCGAGGAAUUGCCAAGGGACAUAAGCAAGUUGGAGAAUCUGAGACACCUUUUGUUACAAGGGAGUGAGAAAUUGAGUCGUAUGCCGAUGGGAUUGGGGAAUUUGACAAACCUUAGAACAUUAGAUGUGUUUAUAGUGAGUGAACAGAUGGCUAAUGUGGGAAACUUAGCAGACUUAAAGCGGCUCGGAAAUCUAGGUAGAGAGUUGAGUAUCAUAGUGCAUAGAGAGUCGAAGUAUAUAACGUCAUCAGAGAUCAGUUCAGUAAACUUGAAGAUGAAAGGAAAGCUCAAGGAUUUGUAUAUAGAUUUCAAGAAUGGAACAAAAGAGGAUGAGAGGGUGUUAGAAGGUCUUCAGCCCCCUUCUAAUCUGAAGGUAUUAAGCAUAGCGGGUUACGGAGGGGAGAGGUUACCAGGCUGGAUGAUGGAUCAGUUAGAAUGUUGCCUUCCCAACUUACAUGCCAUCUGUAUAAGAGAUUGUAAAGCAUGCAGAUAUCUCUGCUCCUUUGGAAGGCUGCCUUAUCUAGAUUUUCUAUGUCUUAAGUGGUGUGAUAAUGUGGAGUAUAUAGAGGACAACACUAGUAGUAGCAAUGCUAAUAAUAGUGAUAACCUCGUGGAUGAUAAGUUACCCCCAGCUCCCUUAUUCCCCAGUCUUGUAACACUUGAAGUUUACGGAAUGCCAAAACUGAAGGGAUGGUGGAGGAUGUCCUCUUCCCGUGGAGAGCAAGAUUCAAAAGAGCUUCUCCAGGUCCAACGGCAUCAGAAUCAUAAUGUGGUUAAUCGGAAGCCUACAUUUCUUGCAUUGUUUAUGCUAAUAGUGUUCUACGUGAAGUUAGCUAUUGCAAUUGCAAGGCAACAAAUACACAAUUUCACCUCUCUUUCAGUUUUCAGUAUGCCGAAAUUAAAAGGACGGUGGAGGAUUUGGUUAAGUGGUGAUGAAGAUUCAAGAGAGCUUAUCCAGGUCCAGAGUCAUCAUCUGGAUAAUUGGAAGCCUGCAUUUCCUAAAUUAGAUAUUCUAACAGUGGAAAUUGUGGAGUUGGCAAUUAUAAUAACAAGGCGACAGAUACACAAUUUCACCUCUCUUAAGCAUCUCCGCAUCACAAAUGAUUGGAAUGUUGGGCAAUCUGAUCCACAACGACAAGCACUUACUCUCCGAAGUAGUUGUUUUUCCAACCUUCAUAGUUUGCGUUUCAGGGAUAAUAAAGAGUUAGAACUUCUUCCGGAGAAUUUUCAAGAUUUGUUUCUAGGGAUGUCUUCCCUAAAAGAACUACGUUUCGAAAGUUGUGAACAGCUCAAGGCAAUACCAGAAUGGAUCGACAACCUCACCUCCCUAACAAUGCUUAGUUUGACAGAAUGCCCAAGAUUGGAAUCACUGCCCCAACAAAUAAGUAACCUCCCAAACUUGAAGACACUUCAGAUUUGUGCAUGCCCCAUACUUACGGAGAGGGGAAAGAAGCGAGAAUACUGGCCCUUCAUUAAACAUAUUCCUCAAAUAUUUACUGAUUAAUGAGAGCCUUUGAGAAAUAAAGUUCUUAAUCAAAGUGUUGGUUGUAUUUUCUUUGCCAAAUAACCUUUCUAUUUUUCAUUUUAUUUUUCAGUUUACCCUCAAUCCCUCCUCAGAAUGUACUGUAGUGUUUAAACGUGAAAGAAUAAUGAAAAUAUAUUAUAUAA